GUUGUCAGGAAAAACGCGCGAAAUUCUCGGCAGUGGACACUUUGCACGAGAUAACGCACACACAAAUUUUGGGCUUCAGAUAUGGCCACAGAAGGCAGCAGCGGUGCAGAGAUCAAAGACAGUGACAGCAAGAAGGAUGAAGUAACACGGGCAGUUGGAUUGGUGGCUCAGGGCAGAAGAAAUAUCAUCUGUGGGGAAAUUCCAGCCGCUGUCAACCAGUUUCAAGAAGCCUGCAAAAUUUUUGCCAGCCAUUAUGGGGAAACUGCCAAAGAGUGUGCUGAGGCUUAUUUCUACUAUGGACAAGCUUUACUCGAACUGGCCAGGAUGGAAACGGGUGUGCUGGGAAAUGCUCUGCAAGGAGUUGAUGUAGAAGAGGAGGAAGAGGAAGAAGAAAAACCUGAGAAGGAAGGAGUUGAGGGUCCCCCACUAACAGACGAGGAACGUCUCUCUUUACGAGUGGAAGUCGUAGAAGCCAUGGCUGAAGAAAAGAAGGAUAAAGCCGAGGAGAAUGGGGACGGAACAUCCACUGACGAGAAGGAAAACGGAGACGAAAAAUCCAAGGAAAAUGGAGAUAAAAAAUCAACCACCGAGAUAAAAAAUGAGGUGGAAAAGUCUAUCGGUAAGGAAAGUGACUCGACACAAGAUAAAAUGGAAACUGAUGAAGAAGUAAUGGAGAAGAAAGAAAAAGAUGAAAAAGAGUCUUCUAAAGAUGAACAAUUAAAAGAUAAGCCUGAUGAAGAGGUGUUGAGUAGUGAAAAUAAAGGUAAGGAUAAAGAAAAAACACCUAAAAAAGAAAGUGUAUCCGUUAAAAAAAUUGAUGAAAAUGUAAAGAAAGAUGUUAAAGAUGAUAAAAUUUUAACAGACGAUGUAGGUAAAAAAGUUGCAGAGGAGGCUAAAAAUGUUGAAGCAAAACAGAAAAAUGCAGAUGAAAGCAAGGUGGAAGACGCUAAAUUGGUGGAUAAAAAGUUGGAUGACACGUCCAAGAUUUUGAUAGCAAAACGUAAAGAUGAGAAGGCUGAAACUGUGGUAGAAAAUUCAAAGGAAAGUACGACUGUAAAAAACAACUCUGAAGAACCAGAUAAUAAAACGACUGACAUGGCAGUGGAUAAAUCAAAACAUGAAACUGAAGCUGAAACGGGUAAAUUGAAAGAAAAAGAAAGCAAGAAAGAUGAGGAAGUGAUGGAUGUGAGUGAAUCAGAAAACCUAGACAAAGAUUCAAAGUCUGUAGAACAGACAGAAAAGAAAGGGACAGAAAAGAAAGGUUCAGAAGAAAAACCAGCCGAAGUGAAAGGAAAAGAACCCGAGGAAGAUUGUGAAAAGAAAUCUGUUGAGGAAGAAAGUACAGAAGCCAAAGCUGACAACGCCAAGCCAGUGGAUCCAGAAAAAGAGACUGGUGAGAAAAGUGACAAAAAAGACAUGGUGAGAAAAGUGACAAAGAACCAGAAACCAGUCAGGAGGAGGGUGAGGAGGAGGAGGAGGGUGAGGAGGAGGGGUGAGGAGGAAGGGGAGGAAACUGCAGAGGAUGAAGAAGGGGAAGUAACCGGUGACAAAAAAGAUGAAGAAGAUGAGGAUGCAGAUGAUGUUCCAAAUCUACAACUAGCCUGGGAAAUGCUUGAGUUGUCAAAGAUGAUAUAUAUCAAAGAGGAAGAUAAGGAAUCCAAACUAAAGUUAGCACAGUCAUAUCUUAAACUCGGAGAAGUUAGUUUGGAAACAGAAAACUAUGAGCAGUCGGUGGCAGACUUCAAAGAAUGUCUAACAUUACAAGAGAAAUACUUGGAACCUACAGACAGAUUACUGGCAGAAACACAUUAUCAGCUAGGUCUAGCAUAUGGAUUUGACAAACAGUUUGAUUGUGCCAUAGAACAUUACAAGGCUGCUGUUAAAGUUAUAGAAUCCAAAAUUGAACAAUUAACUAAAUUGAUCGAAGAAAAAUCAACUACAAAAGGAAAAGAGCUUGCAACACCUGAUGACCCUGUGUCAAAUGCCGCACAAGAAAUCAAAGAACUUAAAGAAAUAUUGCCUGACAUCGUAUCUAAGGUGGAGGAUUCCGAAGAAGAGAAAAAGAACCAUGACCAACUGAAGAAGAUGGCCAAGGAAGCUGUGGGUGGAGUAUUUCCACAGUCUGGUGCCAGUUCUGGUGAUACUGCAGCCACGAUACCAAAGACAGAAGUAAAAGCCCUGGAUGUUAACCUGAUCAGAAGAAAGUAUGUGUUGCAGAGGAAACCUGAGGAGGAUGGUGUCGAAGAUGGCGAUUCCAAGAAGUCGAAGCAGGAGAAUGGAUCUGGAGAUGUGAAGAAAAUCAAAGAGAAUGGUCACAGUGAGGAAAAGAUUGACAGCAAGGUUCAAUCUUCAAACCUCCCUGAACCAAUGGCGACAUCUUGAAAGGGGACUGAUACUAAUUACAAUUCCGAUCUCCUUCCCAACUGCCUGUAUACUUGACCCGACAUUUCAAUGGAGGACUCCUAAUAUUUGAUCACUCGCAAAGUUCUGACGUGUACAUCGACCCAACAUUCUAAUGGAGGACUCAAAUAUUUGAUCACUCACAAAGUUCUUACGUGUACAUCGACCCGACAUUCUAAUGUAGGACUCAAAUAUUUGAUCACUCACAAAGUUCUUACGUGUACAUUGACCUAACAUUCUAAUGAGGACUUCCGAUAAUUGAUCAUUCACAAAGUUCUUUCAUGCACAUGAAAUCUCCAUUGUACUGUCUUUGUUGCUGCAUUAAAAUCGGCCCUUUUGUAAA